GUAAUCUCUCACAGCCUGCGUCCGGACCUUUGGCAAAGGAUUUUAUCGACGAGACGUGUCGCGGUCGACAGCGGGACGGAGCGAAGCAGAGACAGCGAUCCAAGAAGCCGCCGGUAGUGAGGGCGUGUUAUGAAAUUAUUGUCAUCAAUUCAGCUAUCGCCGGUAGCUUCCGCCGCAGGCGGAAUGACCGGAAUGGAUUCCCGGCUGCCACCGGGUAGAUCGUUGCCUUUCAAUCCGGAUCUAUUCUGGCGGGCUCAUUGUCAGUAUGGGUUCUCGCUAAAUUUUCCGCCUACGACGCACCCGCCGCCCAGUCCCUUCCUAGAUUUCAAGACUCAUUUACCAACGAGUCUAGUGUCCGAUCCUAGACUGUGGUCGCGGGAAGACGUAGCGGCGUUUCUGCGAUGGGCCGAGCAGGAAUUCGACCUGCCGCCAUUCGACAUGGAUGUGUUCCAGAUGAAUGGCAAGGCGCUGUGCCUGUUGACGAAGGCCGAUAUGGGCGAGAGGUGUCCAAGCGCCGGUGACGUGCUGCACAACGUGCUUAGCAUGCUGGUGCGCGACUACAGCCAGUUGCAGAGGUGUCUGCCAAGCAGCCCGGUGACACCGACCAGGCCGUCCGCGUAUCCGCUGAGUCCGCUUUCGCACCCGCCCACACCCACAUGGACGGAGACGACGCCAUACGCUCAGAAUAUUGCCUCUCUGAUGUCAGCUAACUCGGUGACGUUGUCGCCGGCGCCGUCCGUGGACAGUCAAUCGGGCUCGCCCAGCCACGCGACCGACGCGAAUCAGACGCAGAUCUACAAGAGCGACUCGGACGAGGACAACAAUCACCAGGUAUCAAGCGGUAACAGUAGCCCACCGCCCACGCCGACCGCCUUAACGGCGCAGAGGCUUAGCGAAGUGAGUGUCAAAGAUCAGCCGAGUCCGACGUUACCGUCGCAAUUAAUGCCUUUGACACCCGGCGCUUUUCGAUCGACUACCGCCAAUGCGGCCAGAGAGUUCUUCCCCAGUGACUCGUCGGAACCCAACACCAAUGGAAGACUGCUCUGGGACUUUCUUCAGCAAUUGCUGAAUGACCCCCAGCAACGGUACCACAAUUUCAUUGCGUGGAAGAGUCGGGACACCGGCGUUUUCAAAAUCGUCGAUCCUCCCGGUCUGGCACGACUUUGGGGCAUCCAAAAAAAUCAUCUUUCUAUGAAUUAUGAUAAGAUGAGCAGAGCUCUACGUUAUUACUAUCGCGUGAACAUACUUAGAAAGGUUCAAGGCGAACGACACUGUUAUCAAUUUCUGCGUAACUCAGUCGAGUUGAAAAACAUCAAGAACAUAUCGUCGCUGCGCCAUCAAAUGCGAAUAAAAUCGGAACCGGAGGAAGAAGGGGCUCUCUCCGGGAGUCCCGAAACGGAACCGGAAGCGGACAUGCCGACGGAUCUCUCGAUGUCCAGUAUGAACCAGCCAUCGAGUGAGCAGCAACAGCAACAGCCCUUGCCACUGCACGAUCCACCUGCCAAGUACAGAAGUCAUGCGUACAACCUCGUUAAGACCAAUCAGGAGCCGGAAGAGAGGAAGUGACGCGGGACCUAGCGAUGGCAGGAAAGCUAUGAUCACGCGUAAUCGUUAAUCGCGCCGCGGCAGACUGAGAGCCGGCGGUGAAACGAACUCUAUGUAACAAAGGUUCCAUAUCGACAACUGAUCGACAGAUUGCAGGAUGAAAUUGAAGAUUGAGUGAGCAUCCACUCUGUCCGGUUCAUCGAUUUGUUGAUAAGAAGGAGAUAUCCGCACGAAGACGCGAAAGUCUUCAAGACGGCAGAGAACAGAUGGAAUCCGAAAAGCAUAACUCGUUGACAAGGUUUAGAAGGACAAGAUAAUAAUGAGAUCUAAUCGAGAUAAUUAGUGGUGAUUGAUGGAGAGAAGUACGAGAAUGAUUCGGAAUUUUGUCAAAUGCAAUCGCGAUUAAGUUAAAGGACUCUGGAAACACGACGAUUCGAAUGUACGAGACUUUCUAGAGAAUAUCCGUCAGAAUAGAGGAAGACGAGCGAUUUUUCUCGUUUAUCCAAUUCACAGAGACAUUGACGUUCCAAAGAUAAUUCUUGAGGAAUCAAGAAAUUAGAUUUUCUGUGCUUUUCUUUGUCUGUCGAGGACAGGUUAAAGUUGCAAUCACACAAGAAUACUCUCCAUUUUCGUCAUGACGUCAUGUACGAAUGUGAUAAGGAGCGCGGGAAGAGAGCACGUUUUGGCAAUACCAUCUCUAACGGUGCAAAUCGGAUAACGAAAUUCGCCUUCCGUCCUCACACGGAUUCGCGUUGAAUCGUUGUGCACCGGAGAUAAUGAUAGACGCUUCGAUCUCUGAAGCUGAAUCUUUGCGGAUAUUCCGCCCUAUCCUCCUUUUUCGCUUCCCUCGUAACUGGGCGAACCACCCAUGCGAAUUGUUGGGCAAUUUCCUUUCCGCUUUUACAACGACGAGAUGUGUACGGACUUAGAUGCGCUUAACAGCAUACAUACAAUGAUUCAAUGUACAAAGAAUGCCAGAGGGAGAACUGUUACCAGGUCUUUCCUUUCUUUAACGUCUCUCUUUUUCUUUUCUUAAUUUUAAGCAUGUGUUCUGUGAUGUGACUUUAUUUUUGGUGAAACUUAGUCCGCGAAUAAGGUCGAUCCCAAAGAGAGAGAGAGACUACCUGAUUUGAGACGUUCGUGUAAAUUCAUCACAGAAAAGUUACGUUACAAACGUUUCCAUGAAGUUUCCGAAGAGUAUAAAGAGCUUGACAAAAUCUUUCCACGGCAGUUCAAUAAGAUUUUUUAUGUAUAUCGACUCUAUAAAGCGAGUCCUAGAAGAGAGAUAUUUAACUGGAUUUUCUCAAGCUCUUGUGCACUGAAACGGUUUUCCGUUACUUUGACGUAUUUGUGCCAAGAAUAUUUGCCGUUUAAUAAGUGGACGAUAUUUAGUUAUAUGUAUUUAAUGGAUCGUUCAAAAAAAAAAAAGAAAAAAAACUCGGUAUAUCACAAUUUUGGAACCAAGUAUUGUAUCGCUCGCGCUCGAUCGCGUUAUAUGAAAUAAACGCAUUGUAACCGAGUGCCGUAUAAUCGAUUAUGUAUUGUAGAUGUACAUGAAUUAAUGAAUUGAACUAAUGAAUU